AUUUUCUUUUCCGUGGGAUAUGUUAUUAGCGAUCAGUGUUCUUUUUAUUUUUUAUUUUUAUUUUCUGUUUUGAAAACGUUGUAGGUUGUAUUGUAUCCGUUCUGUGGAGAUAACGCUGUAGCGGGUCUCAUUCCUUGUGUUUGGAGGUACCCAACUUGCGAGAUUCCACCAUUUUUUCAUGUCUUAGAUUUCAUUUCACAAGAGUGAGCAAUUUCCAAAAAUAAAGUUCAUUUUUUUUCUUUUUCUUUUUCUCAUUUUUCCUCUUCUCCAAUGCCAGAAAAUUAAAGGGUCGUGUUCGUUUGUUGUUGUAGUAAACUGUGUGGGCGUUAUCUUCGAUUGUUUGUUUUCGCUCAAAUGGGUAGCGUUUGUUGCUGUAAUAAUAACCUGUGGUUGUUGUCUCUGGCAUUUGAAACUGGGAGAAAGUUGUGAAUUUCCCUUUUUUUUUAUUUUCUAUUGUUGUUGUGGGUAUUCUAAUGUUCUUAUUUGUUUAUUUAGUUAUUUUUGUGUGUUUUCAAGUGCUAUUGGGGACUCUGGGGAGUGGUUUCUUGUGGUUUUGACUUUAGAGUAGUGAAUGGUGGGGUUUUGGUUUGGUUUGGUUUGGGAGGAGGAAUAUGUGUCUGGUGUUGUUUAGCUUGAAGUGGUGUUGAGUUUGUUAUUGCUAAAAAAAGUUGAAGGGUAUUUCCCUAGUUCAUGGAAAGUUCUUGCCUUUGAUGUUUGAAAGAAAAGGGGUGACUUGUGUUGUGGAGUUUGAGUAUUGGCUGUAGAAGGGAGGGUAGAAUGGAUUUAUGGGUUGUUGCAGCUGCUGCUGGAGCUGGUUAUUUGGCUAAAUAUUGGAAUAGGAUUUCAAAAAAUGGUGACGGCUUGUGUCACGUGGCUUCGGAGGAUUCUUGUUUUGAGAAUCCUGGGCCGCCUAGCUGCUCUUCUCCGUUGGCCAAACAAAUGCGAAGAGAUGAAUUGGGCAAAGAUUUUUGUUAUGAUGGAAGGGCUUUAGAAGGGAAGUCUUCAGAUCUGAACACAAUGAAUGGUCUUUUGACAGGAGAAGUGGCUUCUACCAGAGGGAUUGAUGGUGAAAAAUUGCAACAUUUUUGGAAUUAUAACAAACAUGAUGUGCUAUCUAUAUCAAACUUGGCAAUGCCAUUAUCAACUUAUGAUGAUAGCUUCAAGGAUGUUGAUGAUGAAAAUGAGCAAAGCUCUGGCUUUGUUGGUGACCAUGGUUUCCUUUUUCCGAAUUCUUCUGCUGAAGUGGUUCCUAUCCAUAACUCUUCUGGACAUAAAACCUUUCUCAAGAUGAAGCAUUUGUCUGGGUGUGUCAAUAGACCUUUAAGUUCCUUGGAAAGUUGCUUUAUGGCCCAGCUGUACAAGGAGCAUGCUGAAACGGAAGAAUAUGUUUUUAGUUCUCUUUCAUCACUGUCCACGGCCACGAGAUCUUUUCUUGUAAGCAAUGGAAGCCAAAUAAUCAACAGAGCAAAUAAUAAUUUGUUCAGCACGUCGAUUGAAAGCAAGGAAUAUAAGUUGCAAAAAGAAGUUGGUCAAGUAAAGGAUGAAAAUGUAUUUGGGGUUCCUUCCUUGCCAAAAAUCAUAUCAGUAAAUGAUACUAAGGAGAAAUUUAAUGCAGUCAUUGUGAGAAGUCGAAGAUCGAGCUCUUCCGACAAUGUGUCGAGUGGAAAACUCAUCCAUACUCAACAAUUUGAUAAAACAUUUCUCUUCAGUCUUGGGAUUUCGUUCGGGAUGAUAACUUCCAUCAUGGCAAAUAAAAGAGAAAUAGUCAAGUUAAGAGAGUUGUUGAAGCAGAAUGAAAACUUGGUUCAAGAUCUACAAGAGGAACUGGAAAUGAAAGAUUCAAUGACUGUAAAGGAGUUACAGAAUGAAAAUUAUGGUUCACAGGAUACAUGUGAUCAUUCCUCAUAUGACAAGGAGCUAAAUGAAUUUUCCCCUGAAAAGCACGUGGAUAACUCUCCAAGAAUUGACUCUAAAGAAUCAUAUCAUCAAAAGGUAGAACAAAGUUCUGAGUCCAUGAGCAAAAUUGAAGCUGAGCUUGAAGCUGAACUUGAGAGAUUGGGGUUGGACAUGAAUGCAUCAAGCCUAGAAGGAAAAUUGUCCGAGCUUGUUGAGUUCUUGCAGCUUGACCCAGAGUUUGUAGCAGAUUUUGCUCAAGGUGAGUUACGAGUCGACAUGGUCAGUGGGAAAGAUUCUGUCUAUCCAAAAUCAAAUGAGGAUGCUGGUGAUGCAACACCUCUCCCUGUCAACUAUGCAGUUUUGCCUCAUGAACUGAGUUUGCGUUUGCAUGAAGUUAUACAAUCCCAACUUGAGCAACGCAUGAAGGAACUUGAGAUUGCCCUUGAAAAUAGCCAGAGGAAAGUACGGCUUUUGGAAUCAAAGCAAGAGAAUUGUCUUCAAAAGGCUUCUUCCUUUAGUAAAGAAAAUGAUGAUUGUGACCUUAUGUCUCAGCCCUUAAUCCUCAAUUUAUCAGGUGAAGCUCUAGAUGCAUACAAUGAAGCCUAUGAAGAACUAAUAAAGAUAAAUGACUCUGAAGAAAAUUCACCAUUAGGCAUCCAUGACCACCAGGAAGAUUCAUAUGCAAAUGAUUGGCAUGCAUUAGGGGUUCAACAUGGUGGAGCAAAUGGUUCUAGUAAGGUAACAAUGUUGGAAGGGAGCAUAUAUGAAUUAGAUGGUGCUGAAGAUGAAACUUGUGGUUUUGAUGAUACUGAGGUGGAACAGCAAUUGAUUAGGCAAAUUGUUGAAAGGACCAAGAAAGGUUCUCCCGUUUUUAGAAAUGCACAAAGGAUAUUGUAUUCUAUGGAUGAAGAUGAACAAUGAUAUCAAAUAGUUUUUAGGCAUCUAGGAAUAGAAAAGAGUAACAUUUAUUAAUACCAAAAAGCUUCCUUUAUUUUCAUCUUUUUAUUUGUAUCA